CUGAGGCCGAGCGCUCAGAGCAGGGCUGGCGCUUUCCUGGGGCUCCUGCACUCAGCAGAGCCAGCCGGAGCUGCCACCCUCAGCCCAACGAUGGCCCGGGGGCGGGGCUCGAGCCUCGCCGCUUCGCAGAGGUAGCAGGAUCCCUGGCCCGGGAGGUGUCAGCUCUGGCCCAGCCUCUCCAGACACGACACCGGGAGCCUCAUCUCUUCUUCCGCACCCUGCUUGGACUGUGCCACAGGUUGCUGGGCCCUUUGGGCUUUGGGGAAACCUGGACCAGCCCCUGACCCAGUAGGAUGCCCCCGUGUCCUCCUCAGCAGAGCAGGAACAGGGUGACUCAGCUGCCCACAUCAGAGCCAGGCGAGAUGGAACUGACUUGGCAAGAGAUCAUGUCCAUCACUGAGCUGCAGGGUCUAAAUGCUCCAAGUGAGCCAUCAUUUGAGACCCAAGCCUCAGCCCCAUAUCCUGGACCUCCACCACCUCUCUCCUACUGCCCCUGCUCUGUCCACCCUGACUCGGGCUUCCCCCUUCCUCCACAACCUUAUGAGCUCUCAGCAUCUACGUCCCAUGUCCCAGAUCCCCUAUACUCCUACAGCAAUGUGGCCAUGCCAGUCUCCAAGCCACUGACCCUCUCAGGCCUGCUCAAUGAGCCCCUCCCAGACCCUUUAGGCCUUCUGGACAUUGGGCUGCCAGUGAGGCCACCCAAGACCCAGGAGGACCCUGAAUCCGAUUCAGGAUUAUCCCUCAACUACAGUGAUGCGGAAUCACUUGAGCUGGAGGGGACAGAGGCUGGCCGGCGGCGGAGCGAGUACGUAGAGAUGUACCCAGUGGAGUACCCUUACACACUUCUGCCCAACUCCUUGGCCCACCCCAGCUAUUCCCUGCCAUCUGCUGAGGCCCCCUUGGCCUUAGAGCCCUCCCCAGGCCCUGUGCGAGCUAAAUCUACUGUACGGGGGGAGGCGGGGAGUCGUGACGAGCGUCGGGCUCUGGCCAUGAAGAUCCCCUUCCCAACAGACAAGAUUGUCAACUUGCCUGUAGAUGACUUUAAUGAGCUGUUGGCACGGUAUCCGCUCACCGACAGCCAGCUGGCUCUAGUUCGGGAUAUCCGACGGCGGGGCAAGAAUAAGGUGGCUGCCCAGAACUGUCGAAAGAGAAAGCUGGAAACCAUUGUACAGCUGGAGCGGGAGCUGGAACGUCUGGGCAAUGAGAGGGAGCGGCUUCUCAGGGCCCGUGGGGAGGCUGACCGCACCCUGGAGGUCAUGCGCCAGCAGCUGGCGGAGCUCUACCGUGACAUUUUCCAGCACCUUCGGGAUGAAGCCGGCAACAGCUACUCCCCUGAAGAGUACGCACUGCAACAGGCUGCAGAUGGGGCUGUCUUCCUGGUGCCCCGGGGGGUCAAGAUGGAAGCCACAAACUGAGCACCCAGAUUUGGGAAUGACGUCAUGGGGAUUUCCCUUAUUUCCUUUGGAUAAAGGUUCUCCCCAGCCCUGAAACCUAAAAGGUGCUAAAUUCUGUAGGCCAAGCAGACACCAAGGGAACCCCAGUGUUUGGAGUUCCAAGUGUGUUCAGUGAGGCCAGGCUCGGGACUUAGCUUCCCAGCUCCAACUUUGCCUCUUAUCCAAGGUUUGGCCUAUAAAAAGUUCCACAGGAAAUAAUUUUUCAUUGUCUUU